AAAACGAUCGUGCACGAUUCAUUCUGGAGUGAAUGCUGUCAAUCAGUUGGAAAUUGUGUGCCACCAGUGAAGACUGCGUUAAAAAUGUGGACGAUCCUGGGAGGAGUUCUGGUGCUAGUGCUGCUGUACGUCAUCCUCAAAGAGGACAACUACUUCAAGGACUACGGGAUCCCCCACCUCAAGCCACUUCCUAUCCUGGGUAACAUGGGAGGUACGUUCACCAGACGAAUUUCCUUCUUCGACUUGAUCCAAAAAAUCUACGACCUCAACAGGAACGCGAAGUACGUCGGCGUCCACGACUUCAACACUCCAAUAAUAAUGAUCCGUGAUCGAGAGCUAGGGAAGAUCAUCACCGUGAAGUCCUUCGAUCACUUCGUCAAUCACCGGAAAUUUAUUGAUCCCAACCUAGAUCCCCUCUUCGGUAACCUCAUAUUCUCCCUGAAGGACGACCACUGGAGGAGGAUCAGGAACCUGAUAAGUCCGGCUUUCACAUCAAGCAAGAUGAAAGCAGCCUUCAAACUAAUCGCUGAUUGUGCAUCAAAUUACGCUGAUUACUUCGCCGAGGAGUCACGAUUAAAACCUCUGGAGUGCAACACCAAGGACGCCUUCACCAGGUACACAAAUGACGUGAUAGGUACGUUUGCCUUUGGGGUGAGCAUCGAUUCAAUCAGAAAUCGAGAGAACGAGUUCUAUAUCCUGGGUAAGAAAUCGACGAGUUUCGAGGGAAUGGCAAUGGUGAGGCUGACACUCAUGCGAUUUGUUCCUAGAUUUUGCAAAUUGUUUAAUAUCAAAUUUGCAACUGAUGAUGUUCGUCAUUUCUUCACGAAUCUUGUUAAGGAGACGAUUGCAAUGCGGGACGAGAAGGGAGUGUCAAGGCCUGAUCUGAUACAACUCAUGAUGGAGACGAGGAAUGAUAAGGAUGGGAAAAAAUUGAGUGUCUUGGAGAUGACGUCUCAGGCGUAUGGAUUUUUUUUCGCUGGUUUUGACACUUCGUCGACGCUCAUGUGCUUCGUAGCCCAGGAAAUCGCUGAGAAGUCUCACGUCCAGGAGAAGCUCCAGAGGGAGGUCGAUGAGGUGUUUGAGGAGCAUCAGGGCGAUCCUCCGUAUGAAGCUAUCAAUAAUAUGGUUUAUCUUGAUGCUGUUAUCAAUGAGGCACUCCGGAUGUAUCCUGUGGCACCUUUUCAGGAUAGACUCUGCAAUUCUGAAUUCGAAUUGCCACCAGCACUUCCCGGGGAGAAACCUCUGGUAUUGAAACCUGGGGAUGUCGUUUGGCUUCCCAUUUAUUGUAUUCAUAGGGAUCCGGAGUAUUUUGAUAAUCCUGAAGUAUUCGAUCCUGAACGAUUUGUUAAGGGGGAUAAGUCCUCGGCGUUUGCUGUUAAUUCUAUGACGUUUGGACAGGGACCUAGGGCCUGCAUUGGAAAUCGAUUUGCUAUUUUGGAGACUAAGAUAUUGUUCGCGUAUUUGUUGAGGAAGUGCAGGCUCACACCUGGCAGCAAGAUGAUUACCCCCAUGAGGAUCAGCAAGUCCAGUUUUAUUAUGAAGGCUGAGGGUGGCUUCUGGGUGGAGUUUCAACCGAGGAGCCAAGAAUCGGAAUCCCAACAUUGAGAUUAUAUGUUAUUAUUGGGACUUUUUGGUAUUGAAAGCGAUUUUUUUUUGAGUAGUUUUGCAGAUUGAAUUUUUAGUUUUUAAUUAAGAAAAAUCAUGAUCAGGUAUUUAG